UACAUGGGAAGAAUUGGAAAAAAGUAGAAGAAUAUGUUGGUACAAGAAGUGGAGCAUAAAUUAGGUAAUAUUGAAAUCGAUUAUUUACAUAGGUCUCAUGCUCAGAAAUUUUUCAAUAGACUUGAGAAAGAAUUUAAUAAAUAAUUUAAUGGGCUUAAGAGUUCAGAAAUUAAGUAAAUUUUUGAGAAUAAAAUGUUUCAUUAAUAUUCUGAAGGAGAAUCAAUUUAAAAAAAAUAGAAAAACAACUCUAUAAUGGGUAUGACCUCAUAUCUUUUAUAAUUUUAUUUUUA